CGUUUUUCAAGUUUACCCAUGGGGUGUUGUUUAGUAAUAAUAUAAAAAAGGGACCAUAGCCAUGUCAAAUAACAUCUAUCAAUUUUAUUAAUUUAUUUUUUACAGUAAUAUCAGAUUCAAUCACAGUAUUUUUAUCUUACCCGUGAUUUCGUAUUUGUAAUUUUGUGGAAUCACAAAACAUUUUAAAAGUCUUACGAUGGAGUCUUUUGAGCAUAUAAUCUUGUAGCAUACAUUUGAUUGAUUUUUGUAUUUUAAAAAAUGGAUACUUUGGAGGUCGAUAUCGACGAAAACGUAGAUGACUUAGGCUAUAACGAAGAGUAUGACCCUGAGGAACACCAAAAUAACAGAAAAUCUAACAAGGAAAUUGAUUACCAGGAGUUAGAAGAGGAUUUUAAUAGAAGAUCGUUCGAUUAUGGGCCUUCGCGAUCAAAAAGGAGAAACUUUAGAACACAAAGGCCUUGCCAAAGGCAUAGAGAAAACUUUAGGUAUCAAAACCAUAGAGAAUCCAGAGGUUACGGACCUUACUCUAAGCAAAAUAGCCUUCCAAAUCGCACUAAUCUACCGCCAAAGGCUGACGAAGAUGAGCUGAAGCAAAUUGAUGCAAAACUAGUUACCCUGCUCGACUCAUUUUCAACUGCCAAAGAGGAUAUUCUCUCGGUUUUAGAAGAUCUUAAAUUAGUAACGGAUAAACAUAAUAAAGUUAUUGCCGCAACUCUGGUUAAAUGUGUUGAGUCAUUUCCAGUCAAGACAGGAGCAUAUGCAAGUUUGGUUGGACUUUUGAAAGUGAGCGGAAAGACUGAUCUGGUGGACUUAAUAAACCAGCAGGUUUUGUAUAAUCUGGGAUUAAAGUUGUCGAAUGGAGACCGAACAGCCUGUGUGUUGCUGCUGCGGUUUCUUAUCGGACUACACUGCUCGAAUGUGACUUCAAACUCAGUAUUUGAAAUUUUGACUCUUCUUCUAAAGCUCGCGAAUGAGGUUGAAAACUUCCCCUACGAUACCAGUGUGGACUACGUAAAGUCUGUAGUAAUCCUGGAUAAUCUAAACUACAUGGUGCUGGCGAGUAUUCCCUGGUUCAGCAGGGAAGCAUUCAUGACAAACGUCGAGACUAUAACUUCUAUGUGCGAGAAGCUUUUUGAGUACUCUGAGAGAAGAAUGAGGUUAAUGGAGUCCCUGCCCUCAGAUCUAGAAUUUAACCCUAACCUUGACUUGUCAGACUUUUACGCCAAGAGUGGAAAUACGAAAAAGUUUAACCCUUACGUGUUCAAGUUUUAUUAUAAGGAUACUGUUAACUUGAAUUUGGAUGACAGAUUCACCUCAGGAGUUCACGCUCUAAAAUCACUCCUCAAGAAUGAUUGGACGAGUUCAACAACGUAUCGUUUUUACCAGAGCAAGGGGAUUGUGGAGAAGCUUAAGGACUCAUCGGACUAUACAGAGAACAAAGUCACGUCAGAUAAUUUAAACUCAGUUUUACACUUGGAUCUUAAGAACUUCAAUAACUUCAAACCCCUUUUACCGAAAACAUUCAAUUUCAAUUAUGUACUCGAUAAGUCACAACUAACUACAACACACGACAAAUGGUUAUUUGAAGAGCAUGUAUAUUAUGUAUUUGAGCUAUUUUCGGACGAUUCACUCAGAUGUGCACAGCAGUUGUUAGCAAUACCAUUGAAUGAGGAGUUUAAGGAGUACGGGAUAGUUGAUGUGCUGCUUAACCUGUCUCUUUCCAAGUUUUAUGACAAUUACUACUCAAUCUUCGGCACUCUGGUGAUGCAUAACCUGUGUACCCUGGAGGAGAAGACGGAGGAUAUCUUCUACUCGUACGUUUCUCAGCUGUUGGCAGAGACGGAUAAGCUGGAUUCGUGGGUGCUGAACACGAUGGUGAAUAUCUGUAGCUUCUGGUUCAACAUGGAGUUUUGCAAGAUCAGGACGUCGUCAGACGAUAUUAACGUUGAGGGAGAGAACAGUGAUGAGAUUAGGAAGGACCUGAUCAGGCAGAAGAAUAGCAGACUUUUCAAGACACUCUUUAAGCCGAGUAACUGCGCUAACAACUAUAACUUGAGGCUAAUUGAGAAGAUUUCAAGGCUGGUUUACAUGGAUAGACUCUUAACGUAUUCUCCAACUGACCUAGAAUCUGAGAUCAGAGCACUUGGAGUGUCCAAGGAUUUCAAGAAUAAACCCUACGAACACUUACUCUUCUUGAACAUGUUACACUUUAAUAAGCUCGCAGAUGAGGAAAACGAGUUGAGGAAUAGAAGAAUUGUGUCAUUUAUUAACAACUAUACAAAUAAGCCGUAUCUCAAAGAACAGCCAAAACACCUGUUCUCAGAAACCAAGGAAACCAAAGAUUAUGAUGAGGUUAUACAUACAGAUGAGGAUUUAAUACUUAAUACACAAGCAACAAAUACUAAUUUGACCAAUUCACAGCUAGAUUUGAAUACUAACUUAACGAGUAUACAAGUCGAUUUGAAUUCUAAUUUAACAAAUACACAAACAGCAAAUUUGGUGAGUGCCGGCAAUGUGGAGGUUUGGAAACGAGAUGAUUUGAUACUGUUGUUUUGGGAUACGUUGUUGAUAUUUGGAAGUAAGUCAAUGACACACCUGUACAGGUUAUUGGAGUUCCAUUCGGAUGUUUUGAAGAUGUUUGAAACACCAGAAUCGCCAUUUGAGGAAAGUUUGCCCUAUAAAGUUAUGUGGCAGACAGUAGUGACAUUUGAAAGGGAUCAUAAGAGACUGGAGCUAUCAUUUGACUUUUUCAUAAGAAACAAUGUGUUCACAUGUCCAAUGAUUUUAAAGUUUCUGUUCACGCUACCAGCUAACGUACUGAUGUCCAACUUUUUCUUUUACGCAGUUAACUCCGUGUUCUCAGAAGUGCAUUCAAGACUGGUAAACUUUAGAGAAAGCUAUAAAGUGGCCUUGAGAGAAUUAGCAGGCACUGUUGCAAUGGAGGCAAAGAAGCAGGAACUGGAUACCGUGGAGCUAGACUACUUUAAUUUUUUCGAACAAUUCGUACGUUUGGUUAGUGACAGGCUUUCAACAUCAGACGCCAACAUCAGAAAAGUACUGGAAGAACUUUUAGUUAGGAAACUUGUAAAGUAUUCUUUACAGGAAAAGGUGAACAUCAAACUAUACAAUUCUGUAACAAAUGUUCAUGAAACUGUCAAAGUUACACUAUACAUAUUGGCAAUGCCAUCAUACCUAUUACCAUAAUAUAUUAUUACAUA